UGCUCUGCAUGAUAAAGGUAGCUUCAAUGAAGCAAAGCAGCUCUAACCGUGUAGCUGAUACGCGCAGACGCAAACGGAGCGUCGGACCAGUGACCGUGUGCAUUCCGCCGCAGUGAGCAUGAACCUCGCACCUGGGAUUUUCCACCUCUGAGCACUGUCAUAGUAAUAGGUAUUAAUAGGCUAUUAUAUUCAGGUUCUUGCCACCAUGCGCUUUUUUGUGCCCUUUAUUCUGCUCUCCUGCUCCUGCGCUCUGGGAGGCUGCGAGAUGAAAAUCGUGAACAUCGGCGCGGUGCUGAGCCAAAAGCGCUACGAGCAAGUGUUUAAGGAUGCGGUGAACCAGGCCAGCGUGGUGUACGGCAGAGACAGGUUUAAACUCAACGCCAUCUCCGUGACGCACAAAGCCAACGCUAUUCAGAUGGCGCUGUCCGUGUGUGAGGACCUCAUCUCCAGCCAGGUCUAUGCGAUUUUGGUGAGCCACCCUCCACAGUCCAGUGACCACCUCACACCUACACCGGUCUCCUAUACUGCAGGCUUCUACCGUAUCCCUGUAGUUGGCCUUACAACCAGGAUGUCCAUCUACUCUGAUAAGAGUAUUCAUCUUUCCUUCCUGCGCACUGUACCACCUUACUCGCACCAGGCGCACGUGUGGUUCGACAUGAUGCGUGAGUUCCGCUGGAACCACAUCAUCCUGAUCGUCAGCGACGACCACGAAGGUCGAGCCGCACAGAAGAGACUCGAGACCCUUCUGGAGGAGAGGGAGACCAAGAAUAAAAAAAGGAACUAUGAAAACCUCGACCAACUGUCCUAUGACAACAAGCGAGGACCUAAGGCAGAGAAAGUCCUCCAGUUCAACCAAGAGACUAACUUAACUGCCCUGCUGCUGGAGGCCAAGGAGCUGGAGGCUCGCGUGAUCAUUCUGUCCGCCAGUGAAGACGACGCUGCUGCCGUAUACAAGACCGCUCGGUUUCUCAACAUGACUGGCUCUGGCUACGUGUGGCUAGUCGGAGAGCGGGAGAUGUCUGGUAAAGCUCUGAGUGAAGCUCCUGAUGGACUAAUUGGCCUUCAGCUCAUUAACGGCAAGAAUGAGUCAGCACACAUCAGCGACGCAGUGGCAGUCGUGGCUCAGUCCAUUCAGGAGCUUUUUGAGAAGGAGAACAUCACUGAGCCGCCUCGGGGUUGUGUGGGCAACACAAACAUCUGGAAGACUGGGCCACUCUUUAAAAGGGUUCUGAUGUCAUCCAAAUACCCAGAAGGCUUGACAGGACGAGUGGAGUUUAAUGAUGAUGGAGACAGGAAGUACGCUCAUUACAGCAUCCUUAACUACCAGAAGAGCAGGCUGAUUCAAGUCGGCAUUUAUAAUGGAACUCAGGUGGUGCUAAAUAAGCAGAGGAAGAUCAUCUGGCCUGGAGGAGAUACAGACAGACCGAAAGGUUUCCAGAUGUCUACAUGGCUAAAAAUAGUCACAAUACAUCAGGAGCCUUUUGUGUACGUGAAGCCAACAAUGCUGGAUGGGACCUGCAGGGAAGAGUACACACCAAAUGGAGUCCUAAUUAAAAAGGUGAUCUGCACUGGACCAAAUGAAACCAUCCCAGGACGCCCAACAGUCCCUCAGUGCUGUUAUGGAUUCUGCGUUGACCUACUGAUCAAGCUCGCCAUGACUAUGAACUUUACUUAUGAGGUCCAUCUGGUGGCUGAUGGGAAAUUUGGAACACAGGAGAGAGUGAACAACAGCAACAAGAAGGAGUGGAAUGGCAUGAUGGGCGAGCUCCUGGGCGGCCUUGCGGACAUGAUCGUGGCUCCACUAACGAUAAACAAUGAACGAGCUCAGUACAUUGAAUUCUCCAAACCGUUCAAAUAUCAGGGCCUCACCAUCCUUGUGAAAAAGGAAAUCCCUCGUAGUACGCUGGACUCGUUCAUGCAGCCGUUCCAGAGCACGCUGUGGCUGCUGGUGGGUCUAUCGGUGCAUGUGGUGGCGGUGAUGCUUUACCUACUAGACCGGUUCAGCCCAUUCGGAAGGUUUAAAGUAAACAGUGAAGAAGAAGAAGAAGAUGCCCUCACCUUAUCCUCGGCUAUGUGGUUCUCCUGGGGAGUGUUGCUGAAUUCUGGAAUUGGAGAAGGUGCCCCGCGUAGCUUCUCAGCGAGAAUCCUAGGUAUGGUGUGGGCCGGCUUUGCUAUGAUCAUUGUAGCAUCCUAUACUGCCAACCUGGCUGCCUUCUUGGUGCUGGACCGGCCUGAGGAGCGCAUCACCGGCAUCAAUGACCCGAGGUUGAGGAACCCAUCAGACAAGUUUAUCUACGCCACAGUGAAGCAGAGUUCGGUGGAUAUCUACUUCCGACGCCAGGUCGAGCUGAGCACCAUGUAUCGCCACAUGGAGAAGCACAACUACGAGAGCGCCGCUGAGGCCAUCCAGGCUGUUCGGGACAACAAGCUGCAUGCUUUCAUCUGGGACUCUGCGGUGCUGGAGUUUGAAGCCUCGCAGAAGUGCGACCUGGUGACCACGGGAGAGCUGUUUUUCCGUUCGGGCUUUGGCAUAGGCAUGCGCAAGGACAGCCCCUGGAAACAGAAUGUGUCCCUGGCUAUUCUCAGUUCCCAUGAGAACGGCUUCAUGGAGGACCUGGAUAAAACCUGGGUGAGAUACCAGGAGUGUGACUCAAGGAGCAAUGCCCCAGCCACACUCACCUUUGAAAACAUGGCAGGGGUCUUUAUGCUGGUAGCUGGAGGCAUUGCAGCAGGGAUCUUCCUCAUCUUUAUUGAGAUCGCAUACAAGCGACACAAAGACGCCCGCAGGAAGCAGAUGCAGCUAGCCUUUGCGGCCGUCAACGUCUGGAGAAAGAACCUGCAGCCCUCUUCCUCUGUAGAGACUCAGGAUGAUAGGAAAAGUGGUAGAGCAGAGCCAGACCCCAAAAAGAAACCCUCUUUUAGGUCCAUCAGUACCACCCUGGCCUCCAGCAUCAAGAGACGUAGGUCCUCCAAAGACACGCAGUACCCACCUACAGACAUCACGGGCCAGCUCAACCUGUCCGACCCAUCUGUCAGCACCGUGGUGUGAGACAGAGAAAGAGAAAGAGAAAGUGGGGGAAUGUUCAUUUCUUAAAGACAGACAUGGGGUGGGAGGAAUCGGUAUUCACCCAGGAAUUUCCUCUGUCCCGAGUCGC